AUGCUAUUUGGCUCCAUAGAGGAAGUCGUUGACUAUUAUAGGAAUUAUGGAAAGCAAGCGGGCUUUGGUGUGACACAAAAGAAGAAGAAAAAGUAUGAAAAUGGAGAUGUACACUACAUCAGUCUGACAUGUGCUCGCAGAGGCAAAGCAUCAUCCAGUUCAAGUAAUAACCUGUGCAAGGCUAGCAAAACAAGCAAAACGGGGUGUCGGGCUACUUUGAAUGCAAUGUUAGUGGAUACAUCGUGGUAUGUGACAAAUGUAAAUCUAGGGCAUAAUCACGACUUAAGCCCAGGUAAAGCGAGAUACUUUCGGUGCAACAAGAAGUUGGAUCCUGCUACGAAGAGAAAGCUUGAUAUAGAUGAUAGAGCUGGAAUCCGCACCAAUAAAAUUUAUAACGCACUAGCCGUUGAAGCGGGGGGUUAUGAGAAUCUUACAUUUGGAGAGAGAGACUGUCGCAAUUAUAUUGCGAACUCAAGACGCCUUCGCCUUGGUACAGGAGGUGCCGCAGCACUUCGUGACUAUUUCAAUAGAAUGCGGAAAGCCGCGCCAAGGGCAAUUAUUACAGAUCAAGAUAGGGCCAUGAAAAAUGCUAUUAAAAAGGUGUUUCCGAAUGCUCGUCAUAGAUUUUGUUUAUGGCAUAUACUGAAAAAACUUCCGAAAAAGUUUGAAUCACAUUCACAAUACUAUGCCAUAAGAAAUUGUGUGUAUAAUUCUCAUACAUGUGACGAGUUUGAUGCAUGUUGGCAAAUUAUGCUUGAGUGUUAUAAUCUAGAGGAGAAUGCAUGGCUGCUUGGUUUAUACAGUGAAAGGACUUUUUGGGUACCAACAUAUUUGAAUGAUGUAUUUUGGGCCGGCAUGACUACCACACAACGUAGUGAGAGUAUGAAUGCCUUUUUUGAUGGUUAUGUGCAAUCGUCCACCUCAUUGAAGGAAUUUGUGGAUCAAUACGAUAACGCUUUGCGCAGGAAGGUUGAGGUUGAGAAUGUUGCUAAUUUCGAUUCCUUCAAUACCACCAUUUCAUGUGUGAGCUAUUGGCCCUUUGAGAAGCAAUUCCAAAAAAUUUACACCCAUGCAAAGUUUAGAGAAGUUCAGAAGGAGAUUUCAUCGAUUAUGUAUUGUGGUUCUUCUCUUUUAAAAAGAAUUUUGUGCAAACAUGCCAUAUCCGUGUUGACUACAUUUGAAGAUGUGGAUUUGUUGCCCGAAAAGUAUUUUCUAAAUCGAUGGAGGAAGGAUUUGAAGCGGCCAUAUAAGUUAAUCAAGAGUAGUUAUGAUCCUUUGAGUGGCAACCCUACUGCAGAUCGAUAUGCUGAACUGAGCAACAAUGUGCUGAAGUUGGCCGCUAUUGCAGCACCAAACGUGGACCAUUGGAUGGAAGUGCAAAAGUAUGUUGAUAUACUAAUUAAGAAAUUUAGCGGUCCAAGCUGUGAACAAAGUCAACCUUCCCAAUCACUCCCAAGUGCAAAAGAUCUCCCAAGUGCACCUAUGAUCGAUAAUGGAGCCAUGGAUUGUAUGGAGGUGGAGGUGUGUAGUCCUCUUGUGGCUCGAACUAAAGGCGCGCGACCAUCAAUCAGAAAAGUGUCUGUGGUUGAAAAAGUGGUGGGAAAAAAGUCGUCAAAAGGAGGAAAUAAGAAACAGAGCAACACAAAUCUCGAGCAGCGAAGGAAAAGAAAGAAGAUUUUCUGUGAAUUUGAUUGGGAGUUGGAUGAACUUGAGAUAUGGAGAGGAAACCCCAAGGAUACUGUGAUGUACCUCCUUUGUCUAGUGGAUAAUGUCAAUGUGUGA